AUGAUCAGCUCCGUGUGUGUCUCCUCCUACCGUGGACGCAAGUCUGGGAACAAACCACCCUCCAAAACAUGCCUGAAGGAAGAGAUGGGCAAAGGGGAAGAGUCGGACAAGAUCACCAUCAACGUAGGUGGUACCCGGCAUGAGACCUACAAAAGCACCCUACGGACUUUGCCGGGCACCCGCCUGGCCUGGCUCGCCGACCCCGAUGCCCAGAGCAACUUUGACUUUGACGGUAAAAGCAACGAGUUCUUCUUCGACCGCCACCCCGGGAUCUUCUCCUACGUGCUCAACUACUACCGCACCGGCAAGCUGCACUGCCCCGCAGACAUCUGCGGGCCCCUCUUCGAGGAGGAGCUGACCUACUGGGGCAUCGACGAGACGGACGUGGAGCCCUGUUGCUGGAUGACCUACCGCCAGCAUCGCGAUGCCGAAGAGGCCCUGGACAUCUUCGAGAGUCCUGAGCCCGGUGGAGGGGCCGGUGGAGAGGAGCCUGAAGAGGAAGGGGGUGGGGAGAUGGCCCUUCAACGCCUGGGCAUGGAUGACAGGCCGGCGGGGGCGGCCGGGGCUGCUGGCGGGGGGGGGGUAGUAGCUUUUGCCUCGCUUUUCUUCAUCCUGGUCUCCAUCACAACCUUCUGCCUGGAGACACAUGAAGCCUUCAACAUCGACGUCAAUGUGACGGAGACCCUCGUGGUUGGCAACACCACAACAAUCCUGCUGACGCAUAAAGUGGAGACGGAGCCCAUCCUCACCUACAUCGAAGGGGUCUGUGUCCUGUGGUUCACCCUGGAGUUCCUGGUUCGCAUCAUCUGCUGUCCAGAUAAGCUUCUCUUCGUUAAAAACCUGCUCAACAUCAUUGACUUUGUGGCCAUCUUGCCCUUCUACCUGGAGGUAGGUCUCAGUGGCCUGUCCUCCAAAGCUGCCCGGGACGUACUAGGCUUCCUACGGGUGGUUCGUUUUGUCCGGAUCCUCCGGAUCUUCAAGCUGACACGGCACUUUGUGGGUCUCCGGGUGCUGGGCCACACACUCCGGGCCAGCACCAAUGAAUUCCUGCUCCUCAUCAUCUUCCUCGCCUUGGGGGUCUUGAUUUUUGCCACUAUGAUCUACUAUGCUGAGCGGAUCGGAGCCAAGACAUCCGACCCCCGUGGGAGCGAACACACUCACUUUAAGAACAUCCCCAUUGGGUUCUGGUGGGCCGUGGUCACAAUGACAACCCUGGGCUACGGCGACAUGUACCCCAAGACCUGGUCAGGCAUGGUGGUGGGGGCUCUCUGCGCAUUGGCUGGGGUGCUCACCAUCGCCAUGCCCGUGCCCGUCAUUGUCAAUAACUUUGGGAUGUACUAUUCGUUGGCCAUGGCUAAGCAGAAGCUGCCAAAGAAGAAGAAAAAGCAUAUACCCCGUCCGGCCCCGCUGGACUCCCCUACCUACUGCAAAUCCGAGGAAAACUCCCCCCGCAACAGCACCCAGAGCGACACUUGCCCCUUGGCGGUAGAGGAGGGGGCAACUGAGCGGAAACGGUCAGAUUCUAAGCAGAAUGGUGAGGCCAACGUGGUGCUGUCAGAUGAGGAGCAGCCGCUGUCUCCGACUGAUGAGGAGAAGCGGCCCAUGCGGCGCUCCAGCACCCGGGAUAAGAACAAGAAAUCCUCCACGUGCUUCCUGCUGGCCACGGGUGACUUCUCCUGUGCAGCGGACGGAGGCAUCCAGAAAGACACUUGCCAAGACGUCCUCUCUUCCAGUUACCCCCAGGGCGAGGUGGUCACCUUCUCCUGA